AUGGCGAGCUUCUUUGGUCAUCCCCUUGGCCUGGUCAGCAAUGUUAGCCGAUUCCUACAGAUGUUUAGCGCGAUCAUCGUUCUUGGCAUAACAGCAUGGGCUGUAAAAGACACGAAGACUCUCACCGUUAUCUAUUCUCUAACGAUUGUUAGCUACUGUCACACUCGUUCUAGCUAUACUGGCAUCAACCAUAAGCUGUUUGAUGAGGAGAAAGCCACUACACAUCUUUGUGAUUUUCACCACGGACGCAGUGCUUUCCUACCUGUGAGUCGUCGCAAAAGCCACUCAUUGAAAUACAAGAUCACUAACAUGCGCAUUCUAGCUGGCUCACGGCUUUCAUUUUCUUGGCUCAAGAUUUCAAUCGUCGUAGCUGCCGCACAGAUCGCUGGAAUGGCCAGAUUGUCUGUAGCCGCCAAUAUGCAGCGGAAGCAUUCAGUUUCAUUGCCUUCACUCGAAGUAGCAUAUAUUCACCAACCGAAGACCACUUCCGUCGACACUCGUCAUGGAAUGGAAAGAGAACAACAGAUUACUGAAAACUUGAACGCAGCCGGUCUGGCAUGA